AUGUCUAUUUCAUCCUUUCUGUCGUUCUCCCAUUCCAUCAACGACUUCAACGCUACAACUGCGAAGGCCAGGCUGCCAGUGAGCGCUCGACUGCCUGCCAGGCUCGACGGCGACUGGCAGAAAUUCGUCGACCACAUGCUGAAGAGUUGGGAUGACAUCACACGCUGCCGUACUAGCGCAUGCGCCUUCGUCGAGCGCCACAUGCAACUCAGUGUGGCGGAUCCAUCAUUCUCCAUUGCGACAACGUUCUCAUACGCGACAUAUGUAUGCGGUGGCGUCUCCCUCGUGCUGUGUAUGGCGAUGAGAAGACACAUCGAGUUCAUUCGCCGCAAUCACGAGUCCCGAUGGAACUGGCACUCGGUCACUGAACGCAACGCUGAAUCCCCGUUUAUUGCGACAUCUACAUUGCUCGUGGCUCCCAUUGCUUGGAUAAACUGGUCCUAUGUCUCUUUCGGGAUGUUCGCGAUUAGUCUUCUGUGGUGCCUCCUGUCAUCCGGCAGCAUGUCUACGUACGUGGCGGACGCCAUACUCGACUCGCGGGGCAUAAAUCCCACGUCCGAAGGGAAUGUAGGCUCUACAGCAGCAGCCACUCAAGGCGUACCUGUUUCUGCUCUUGCUUGUGCCCUGAUUAUUGUCAUUGGUGCGACAGGGCUCGUGCACACGGCAUUCAUCUUGGUGCACUUCUAUCAGCUUGGCUACCCUCCUCCACGUGCGACAAGGUCACGCACGAGGAAAGCCGCCUCUCGAUCGCGCUCUCGUCACUCAGAAGGAUCCAUCUAUGAGGAACCCAAAGAUGACAUCAACUCUACCUCUUCUACGGUGUAA